CAGGUGCUUUGGAGCCAUCCAGGAGAUGGAAAGUUGCUUGACCAAGAUGAGGUCAAGCAAUAAAGCCGCCACCCUCUCACCUGCUACGCUUUACUUUUUAACUUCUUGGAGAAGCUAAGUUUGGAAGGCUUCCGGCCGGAGACCAUUAUAUGGGACACCCGGAAGGCGGAAGUUGUGGGGCGGAAGUGGCCGAGAGGCGAGGAGAAUGGCGGCGGAAGGCUGGUUUUGGCUCUGGGGCUGGGGCCGGCGGUGCCCGGGAAGUCCUGGGCUUCCCGGCCCCGGCCCUGGCCCCACUACACCUCUACUUCUUCUUCUGUUGCUGGGUUCUGUGGCUGCGGAUAUAACUGACGGCAACAGUGAACAUCUCAAGCGGGAGCAUUCACUCAUCAAGCCCUACCAAGGGGUCGGUUCCAGCUCUAUGCCUCUCUGGGACUUCCAAGGCAGCACUAUGCUCACAAGCCAGUAUGUACGUCUGACCCCUGACGAGCGCAGCAAAGAAGGCUCUAUCUGGAACCACCAGCCUUGCUUUCUCAAGGACUGGGAGAUGCACGUCCACUUCAAAGUCCAUGGCACAGGGAAGAAGAACCUCCAUGGAGACGGCAUUGCCUUGUGGUAUACCCGGGACCGCCUCGUGCCAGGGCCUGUGUUUGGAAGCAAAGACAACUUCCAUGGCUUAGCCAUCUUCCUGGACACGUAUCCCAACGAUGAGACCACUGAGCGCGUGUUCCCGUAUAUCUCGGUGAUGGUGAACAAUGGCUCCCUGUCCUACGACCAUAGCAAGGAUGGGCGCUGGACUGAGCUGGCCGGCUGCACGGCUGACUUCCGUAACCGGGAUCAUGACACCUUCCUGGCUGUGCGCUACUCCCGAGGCCGCCUGACAGUGAUGACUGACCUGGAGGACAAGAAUGAGUGGAAGAACUGUAUUGACAUCACAGGAGUGCGGCUGCCCACCGGCUACUACUUUGGAGCCUCAGCCGGCACUGGCGACCUGUCUGACAACCACGACAUCAUCUCCAUGAAGCUAUUCCAGCUGAUGGUCGAGCACACGCCCGAUGAGGAGACCAUCGACUGGACCAAGAUUGAGCCCAGUGUCAACUUCCUCAAGUCUCCCAAAGACAAUGUGGAUGACCCCACGGGGAACUUCCGAAGCGGGCCCCUGACGGGGUGGCGGGUGUUUCUGCUGCUGCUAUGCGCGCUCCUUGGCAUCAUCGUCUGCGCAGUGGUGGGGGCCGUGGUGUUCCAGAAGCGGCAGGAGCGGAACAAGCGCUUUUACUGAGUGGACGUGCCUGGCCAGGAAGGGCCUGACCUAGGGCCCAGGAACUAAUGUGAACUUUUUUUACUGGGAUUGUAAAAGAACAACAAUAUGACCUUAUUUCUUAACUGUUUCAAAGAAAUGAUUAAAGUAUUUUCA